CGUUCUCACGUCACGUGGGGAGUCCAGGGUUGGAUACGCGGCGAUGGCGACUCGGCGCUUUAGCAGGAGGGACUGAUACGGCAACUGGAUCUGACAGUUUAUUUAUUGUAUGAUUUGUUAUUUAUUGCAGUCAGAGUGCACAAAUCGUCGACGAAACCCUCAGCAGACUCUUUCCCGGAGCUCCCUCUCGAAUUCAAUGUCCUCGUUCUCUGUGGGUUUGCCGCAACAGAAUCAGAGGUCUGCUUCUCCUGCGUUCUCUCUCUGAGUGAAGUUUGGCUCCAGUGGAGACAGUGGGCGUGUCCGGGUCGGGUGAACCGCACUCCGUCACUGGGGCCAUGGAAGAGGAGGGGCAGCAGAGCCUGGAGUGCAUCCAGGCCAAUCAGAUUUUCCCCAGGAAGCCCCCUGUCCUGGAGGAGGACAACCUGCAGGUCCCCUUUCCUGAACUGCACGGGGAGUUCACGGAGUACGUGGGGAGAGCCGAGGAUGCCAUCAUCGCUAUGUCCAGCUACCGCCUGCACAUCAAGUUCAAGGAAUCCAUCGUCAACGUCCCGCUGCAGCUCAUUGAGAGCGUGGAGUACCGCGACAUGUUCCAGCUCCACGUCACCUGCAAGGACUGCAAGGUCAUCAGGUGCCAGUUCACCACCUUCGAGCAGUGCCAGGAGUGGCUGAAGAGGCUGACGGGCGCCAGCCGUCCCCCGUCCCGGCUGGAGGACCUCUUCUCCUUCGCCUUCCACGCCUGGUGUGUGGACGUGUACGCGGGGGAGAAGGAGCAGCACGGCGAGCUGUGCAGGCCAGGAGACCACGUGACGUCGCGGUUCAGGAACGAGGUGGAGCGGAUGGGCUUCGACAUGCAGAACGCCUGGAGGGUGUCCGAGAUCAACAGCAAGCACAGGCUCUGUUCUAGCUACCCGCAGCUGCUGCUGGUGCCAGCCUGGAUCACCGACAAAGAGCUGGAGAACGUGGCCGCCUUCCGGUCCUGGAAGAGGUUUCCGGCUGUGGUGUACAGGCACCAGAGCACGGGGGCGGUGAUCGCCCGCUGCGGCCAGCCCGAGGUCAGCUGGUGGGGCUGGCGCAACGCCGACGACGAGCACCUGGUGCAGUCCAUCGCCAAGGCGUGCGCGGUGGACGGGAGCUCCCGAAAACACCUGGCCAACGGGUCCUGCUCCCGCGAGUACGGCAACGGCGCCGACCUCUCCGACACGGACUUCGAGUCCUCCAUGACUAACAGCUCGGAGGUGGAGACGCUAGCCAUCCAGCCUCAGAAGCUCCUGAUCCUGGACGCCAGGUCAUACGCCGCCGCCGUGGCCAACAGGGCCAAGGGGGGAGGCUGCGAGUGCCCAGAGUACUACCCCAACUGCGAGGUGGUGUUUAUGGGCAUGGCCAACAUCCACUCCAUCCGCAAGAGUUUCCAGUCCCUGCGUUUUCUCUGCACACAGAUGCCCGAUCCAGCCAACUGGCUGUCGGCCCUGGAGGGCACCCGCUGGCUGCAGCACCUGUCCCUGCUGCUCAAGGCCUCCCUGCUGGUGGUGAACGCGGUGGACCGGGACCAGCGGCCGGUCCUGGUGCACUGCUCCGACGGCUGGGACCGCACCCCGCAGAUCGUGGCGCUUUCCAAGCUGCUGCUGGACCCCUACUACCGCACAGUGGAGGGUUUCCAGGUCCUGGUGGAGACGGAGUGGCUGGACUUCGGUCACAAGUUCGCCGACCGCUGCGGUCACGGGGAGAACUCGGAGGACCUGAACGAGCGCUGCCCCGUCUUCCUGCAGUGGCUGGACUGCGUGCACCAGCUGCAGAGGCAGUUCCCCUGCUCCUUCGAGUUCAACGAGGCCUUCCUGGUGAAGCUGGUGCAGCACACCUACUCCUGCCUGUUUGGGACGUUCCUGUGCAACAGUGGGAAGGAGAGGGAGGACCAGCACAUCCAGGAGCGGACCUGCUCUGUGUGGUCCCUGCUGCGGCCUGCCAACCGCGCCCUGCGCAACAUGCUGUACUCCUCCCACUCUGAGACGGUGCUGCACCCCGUGUGUCACGUGCGGAACCUGAUGCUGUGGACCGCGGUCUACCUGCCCAGCUCCUCGCCCACCACGCCCUCCGAUGACUCGUGCGCCCCGUACCCGGCGUCGGGUGCCAACCCCGAGGACGGCCCCAUGGGCAGGCUUCCGAAGACGAGGUCCUUCGACAAUUUGCCCAUGGCGUGCGAGGUGGGCGGGCCCCUCGCUUCCAACCGACGUUCCAGCGACCCCAGCCUGAACGAGAAGUGGCAAGACCACCGCCGCUCGCUUGAACUCAACAUUGGAGUGGGGCCCGAUGGGGGCGGAGCUCCGGACCAGGAUGGGAGGGCCAACCUGCAAGGGGUGGGGCACAGAGGAGGCUGGCCUGACGGGCUCCUGCCCGCGGAAGAAGGGGAGGGGCUGAGAGAUGGCGAUGUUUGGAACGGAGAGCCGUCAGAGGAAGAGAGCGUGGAAGAGGCGGAGCUCUCUGUGGCGGUGGGCGUGGCUGAGGGCCAGAUUGAGAACAUCCUCCAGGAAGCGACGAAAGAGGACGCGGGGGCGGAGUUGCAGAGAGAAGCCAGCGUCAACGGGCACCACGUCGAGGGUCCUCUGGAUGACCUCGAGGACGCCCCGCCCCCGCCCUCGCCCCCAGCCCCGCCCCUCGCCACGGAACCGCCCGCAGACCUGCCUGCGGAGGGCGCGGACGAGCUGGGCCCCGAGGUCCAGGCCCCCGAGGUCCGGGCCCCCGGCGAGCCGGAGGAGCCCAGCGAUUCGGCCCCCCCGAGCCCGCCGGAGAUUAGAACUAUGACCAACGGUCACGGCCCCGUGGGGCCCGAGGAGCUGGCCGCUCUGGAGGACCCCCGGGGGAGCCCCGACCCCGGCCUGCCCGCGCCCGAGCCCCCGGAGCCGGGCGAGGACCGCGCCUCGCUCAUGGAGAGCUCCACGGAGACGCUGACGGAGGAGCAGCCCCGCCCCUGCCCCCCUCCCCCGCUCCCGGCCGAGCCCACAAGCCCGCCCCCCUCCCCCCCCUUCCGGAAGGGCGCGGCCGCGGAGGCGGAGCAGGGCGGCGCCCCGAGGACUUCAAACGGCGGCCAGCGCCCGUCCCCGCCCGGCGCCCUGCCCCCCGCCCCGCCCGACCUGGGCAGGGAGGGGCCCCUGCAGAACGGGGAGGGGCUGGAGGCGGAGCCCCGGGUGAAUGGGGAGCGGGCGCCCCUGAGCCGCCAGGUCUCGGCGGCCAGCGGCGGGUCGCUGACGGCGCAUGCGCGCGGCGGCUGGGGAGGGGGCGGGGCCUCCCAGCACCGCUGCCUCCACGCCCUGCUGGGCCGGCCCCCGCCCAGCCCCGAGCAGCCGGCCCGCAGCCACCUGGACGACGACGGGCUGACCAUGCACAACGACGUGGUGCAGCAGCGCCUGCGGCAGAUGGAGGCGGGGCACCAGAUGGAGGUGGAGACGCUCAAGAGGCAGGUGCAGGAGCUGUGGAGCCGCCUGGAGAGCCAGCAGCUCUGCGGCUCCCUCAGGAUCAACGGCGACGUCGGCGACGAAGUGACCUCGAUCCCAGACUCGGAGUGUAACCUGGACCCUAACUGCCUGUCCCGCUGCAGCACGGAGCUCUUCUCCGAGGCCAGCUGGGAACAGGUGGACAAGCAGGACACCGAGGUGACCCGGUGGUACCCGGACCACCUGGCGGCCCAGUGCUAUGGCUGCGAGAGCAGGUUCUGGCUCGCCACCAGGAAGCACCACUGCAGGGGCAGGGAGGCUGCUCCAGAAGCCUGGAACUGCGGGAACGUGUUCUGCGCCAGCUGCUGCGAUCAGAAGAUCCCCGUGCCAAGCCAGCAGCUGUUUGAGCCCACCCGCGUCUGCAAGACCUGCUACGGCAGCCUGCGGGUGUCCAGCGCGCCCCGGGACCUGGAGCUGGAGAAGCCCAUCACCGCCAGCUCCAACUAGGGUCCUCUGGGGGGCCUGGACACGCACGGGAAGGGGGCCCCCCGGGCCCCCCUAAACAUGCACAUUGCAGAGGAACUGAAGAGCCCAGGGGCGCGAGUGUCCUUUGUGCAUUCUGUGUGCGGUGUGUAUAUAUCGGAUUU